CAGGCCCCUGGCCGUUAGGUUGUCGUCUCGAACAUAAAAACCGCAUUCAAAACAUCCCAUCUCGAAAUGGAGCUUUGUAAACAAUUUCUUCUCCUGGGGAUAGCAACGUUGCUUUUACAACCCUGCUUCUGCUCACAAUUUUACUCUUUCACUGCCAAAGAUAUCCACGGGCAGGACGUAUCGAUGGAGAAAUAUCGAGGAAAGGUUGUGCUAAUUGUCAAUGUGGCCAGUGAGUGUGGGUUCACAGAUGUCAACUAUCGAGAGCUUGUAGCCCUUCACAACAAAUACUCCAAGGAAGGGCUGGCCAUACUAGCCUUUCCUUGUAACCAGUUUGGCAAGCAAGAGCCCAAAAGGAACUACGGGAUCUACCGCUUUGCUGUCGACUAUUAUGGCGUGCAGUUUGACAUGUUUUCCAAGAUUAAGACAGUUGGCGAUGGCUCACACCCAUUAUAUAAUUUCCUGGUAGAAAGUACUGGUUUCCCCCCUAUUUGGAAUUUUAACAAGUAUUUGGUCAACAGAGCAGGUGUUGUUGUGAAGUAUUUCAAUCAUUCUUUUAAUCCAAGCAGUUUUGAGAGUAUUAUCCUGAGACACCUUAGACCAGGAAUCCAUGAUGGAUUUGAAUCCACAAGCAUCAAUGAUGAACUUUGAAUAUCAAGUUUUUUUUAAAGAAAAUAAUUCAUUUUGAUGUUAAUACCACAAUAAUAUUUGUAACUAUCAAGAAUAUUUUUACAAUAUAAUAUAUUAAUACCAAAAAAACACUAUGUAGUUUAAGCUUGUUAGUAGUAAUAAAAUCAGGAUCUUUCAA